UUUCAAAACUUUCCACAGAAGAAAGAAUUCUAGAGAGAGAGAGAGAGAGAAAUGGCUCCCAAGAAGCGUUCAGGGAAAGGGGUUACCUCUGUGGUGAAGACAUUCCAGAGUACAGUAGUGGAAGAAACAGUAGUCACUGUAGUACGAACCAAACAGAAACGUCCACCCAGAGGAGAGAAAGAGGAUACACCAUUGAAGACCAUCCCUGUUGAGGACACAUCACAACAAGUAGAGAGAGAAGAAGAAGAAGAAGAAGAAGAAGAAGAAGAAGUUUCAGAUCUACAAGAAGAUCAGGAAGUCCCUACUAAGGCUACUAGUCCACCAAAACUUGGAGACCCACAAAAGAAACAAGAAGAAGAGGAGGAGGAAAAGAAAAAGAAAAAGAAGAGCAAGGCACGAAGAGGGAAAGGGAGGGGAAAGAAAACAACCCAAAAAGGGAAAAGGAAUCUGAAGGAGAGGAGAAAAGUGGGUGGUGGUGGUGGUGUGGGUUAUAAGAGAUAUGUGUAUAAGGUUAUGAAGCAAGUUCAUCCAGACAUGGGUAUAUCUUCGAAAGCGAUGACGAUACUGAAUAAUUUUAUGACGGACAUGUUCGAGAGGUUGGCCGGGGAGGGGGCGAAGCUGACCGAUUACUCGAGGCGGAGGACGUUGUCGUCGAGGGAGAUUCAGGGAGCGGUGAAGCUGGUUUUGCCGGGAGAGCUUGGGAAGCAUGCUAUGGUUGAGGGGACUAAGGCCGUCACUAACUAUUUGUCCUACACAGGUGGACGGUCUUAAGUCAGAAUUUUAAUUUCCAGGCAAUUUUGGUUUUGUUGCUUUUUCUAUUUACAGUCAUUUUUUUGCCCAUCGUGUGGAAGCAGUGAAAAGAGUACCUGGAAGAAGUUUCUUUUGCUAUGUUGGUCAUGUUACAGUAUUCAGUGAAAAUAGUACCUGUGUGGAAGCAGUGAAAGAAAAAAAAAAUGUUUUUAGUUGUGGCUUUGAUUUUUUUUUUUUUUGGUUUGUUUAGUUGAUUUAAUGGCCUUUGAUCUGGUGGCGUGUAGGGUGGUAUGGCCCACUAGUCUGACAUGGUUGGUUUUGUAUAUGUAUUCAUGCGUUUUUAUUGGUUAUUUAUAUUAUUAUAUAUGUGAGUAUCGUGUUUCUUAUAUUCGCUUGUCUCGCUGUUUCAUGUUAAUGUUGGAAUGUUUUGGCGUCCUAAUUUAUUAUAUUUGGGAAAAAUAGGCGAGUUAGGAAUCUUAAAUGGCAAUUCAGUCAAGUUUAA